AUGAGUUACAUGGGUGAGAAGGCUGAUAUUGAGUUUCAUCUUCCUUUUAAACCAUACCCCAAUCAAUUGAUAUUUAUGAAAGACGCUUACGAAUGCUUUGAUAACUCACGUUUCGGAUUAUUUGAAUCGCCUACUGGAUCAGGAAAAACUGUAUCAAUUUUGUGUUCAGCCUUGACCUGGCUAAAAAACAACAGGGUUAAAUCGGUUAUGUGUGACCAGAAUUUGGAAUCCAGUGACGGUAUGUUGUAUGCCAGUAAUGAUUGUAUAGACCAGAGUGUACCAAAAUGGGUGCUUGAAAACGCAUAUAACCAGAAACGUCAGAUGGCGGAGGAAGUAAUCAGAGGAGUAGAUAUUAAUCUGGAAAAACUGAGGAAAAAGGUUAAAGAAAGAAUAGAUAACUCGGAAGGAGUGCCGAAGCUGAGGAAAGGUUUUAAGAGGAUGGCACCAAACCCAUCUGAAUCAGACGCAAAGGAUGAAAUGGUUAACCCGAAUAAGACGCAGAUUGUAAUCUGUAGCAGGACGUUUUCACAACUGAAUCAAUUCGUAAAGGAGUUUAGGAAGUUGAAGGAGUUGAAUGGUAACGUGAGACUGGCAAUAGGAUGCAGAAGAUCACACGUGUGUAUAAACGAUGGAAUAAAGAGUAAAUGUAAAAAUUCAGAUGAGCUGAACGAGGAGUGCAGAAGAAGUAAGUGCGAAUACAGGUCAGAUACAAUGGAGCUUAGCGAAAUUGCAACAUGCUACGCACUGGACCUGGAGGACUUGGUGCGGCUCGGGAAGGACCUGAACUCAUGCGCAUACUACUCGAACUUAACGACAGUGCCAAACGCAGACGUGGUACUGGCGCCAUACGUGACGAUAAUAAACGAGUCAAUCAGGGAAAACAUGGGACUAAGAAUAAAGGACAACAUAGUUAUAUUCGACGAAGGGCACAACUUGAUAGAAGCAAUCACGGAGUCGCACUCAUGCAAGUUGAAUUUGCGGGGCCUGAAGGACCUGUUGGAGCAGCUGAAAGGGUAUUUAAACAAGUUCAAAUCGGAAAUCAAGGGAGUUCUGCUCGAAAGAAUAACAGAGAUAAUGAAGUUGGUAAAGGGGCUGGUCGAUGGACUGGAAAGGGCGGUGGAAUCGGAAAACAUGAAAAUAACAACAUUCAACGUAAAGUAUGGCCUCGAAGAUUUCAAGUUCCACGAAAUAAUUAGCUUCUUGUCGUCGACGCAGUUUUGUAGACAUUUGAGAGGAUACGCAGAACGGCAGUACCACAUAAAGGUUAACGCAGAGUUGGGAGAAAAGGUAGCGUGUUACACAUCGAUGAUAUACGCGCUGAAGAGUUUCAUAUACUUGUUGCUGUACUGCGACACGAAUGAUCAGAUUUUGGUCUCGAAAGAUGAAAGUGACACAAUACUGGAAAUAUUCCCAGUAGCAUCAGUGAGAGACGCAAGGUCAGUGAUAGUGAUGAGCGGAACACUGUCGCCAAUCGAAGAGUUCUUGUCGCUAGUGCCGGCAAAAACUGAGCCUUACAUACACAAGAGUCCACCAGUGUUCGCAAAUGAUAGGUUCAUGACUGCAAUAAUAGAUAGAGCACUAAUAAUGGCCCUUGAGUACCUGUGCGACCUCAUUGAAAACUUGGUUGAAGUUGUGCCGAACGGGAUCGUGUGUUUCUUUGCAAGCUACUCGUAUUUGAACGUUUUUUAUAACUUCUUUGUGAAGUCGGGAACAAUGGACAAGGUUUCAUCUAAAAAGACUGUAUUCAGGGAGCAAAAAAAUGUUAAUGUGUUUCCGGAAUAUAGUAGAAACUGCCUUGAGAGAGGAGCAAUCUUGUUAGCAGUCUUCGGAGGAAACCAGAGUGAAGGAGUGGACUUCUCAGACGAAUUGGCGAGAUUGGUUCUCCUGGUUGGAAUACCAUAUCCACCUGAUAGCAUUAAGUUGAAGAUAAAAAGGGAGUAUUACAGCAAAAAGGCACUGGAAUGUGCAAACGAGUCCAGCAGUGACAACUACAUGAAGUUGUCGAAGGAACAGAGGACUCUGAUGUGUUAUAAAACAAUCAACCAGUGCAUCGGGAGGGCAAUGCGCCACAAGGGAGACUACGCAGCGGUGAUUCUGCUGGACUCGAGGUACAGAAGGAGAGAAGCGAGCCUGUACCUCAUGAACUACGUGAGGAAGUCCAUAAGCGAACACGAACUUAAAUCAACAAAAUUUACUGCACUGUUACAAGAAUUUUACAAAAAACUAUCUGGAGUUUGA